AUGGUUAGCAAGCAGCAGUUUUAUACGCAGUUUCAAUCCAAAGUCGCAGUACUACAAGACCAGAUUGAGCAGAUAAAAUCUACUUCAUCGAUUGCUGGCGAGAGGCAAGGUGCUAUUGAUGUUGUCCUGGCAGGCAUCUCCAAGCUUCAAAAUGAAGUUGCAGAUGUAGCGGAAGACACACCAUCUUAUGACCGCCGCCAAUACUCUCUUGCAAUUAAAGGCAUCCAAGACAAACUAAAUGAGACCAGAGCGGCUCUUGCACCAAAAUCGCGGUUCCAAUUUAAACGCACUACUGCUGCUGUCCAACAUGUUGACAUGGGCAAACCGCAAAACGACCCACGACUGCUCCCAGCCUUGCUUAAUUCAACACACAGUCCUGUAGCGGCGGCUAAAGCAGACAGUGAGAAAGACUAUAACCGGGAUAUAUCACGCCCGACAGGCACAAAUGCCCGGCUCCCAAGCUUCACCGCUGCAAAGCAAAUCUCAAUUACCAACCAAAGCGGCGUACACGUUAUCGUUCCAGAGUCUGGCUCAGAGGCUACAGCGGCAGGUAGCCUGACUAGCAUCUCUGAUUGUGUAGUUGAUUUUACUGCACCGACAAAGACACGGCCAUUUCCUGGUCUGGCCAUGCGUGAUGUGAAAAAGUCCGUGGUUGUGGCAGGCCGUGUCGCCGGACCAGUGCACAUCACAGGUGUAUCUGACAGUGUGUUGGUUAUUGUGGCACACCAAGUGCGUAUUCACGAGUGCAAAAACGUGGACAUAUACUUGUAUUGCACAAGCCAUCCCAUUAUUGAAGAUUGUUCAGGCAUGCGCUUUGCGCCAUUGCCCGCCUUUUACACAACGGAUGCAGACGACAAGGAAAAGAAUCAAUGGUCGCAAGUAGACGAUUUCAAAUGGCUAAAGGCGACGCACAGCCCGAACUGGACGACGCUGUCCGAGGCGCAAAUGGUAGACGAUACAAAAUGGGCGACAGUCACAAGCGAAGGCAAAGGUACUGUUGUUGACGUUCUAAAAGAUUUUGGUAUAUCCCCAUAA